AUGCUUGGAAGUAUUUUCUGUGCCUUCAUCACUAUACUAGGACACGUUAGAAUUGGUUAUAGAAGUAGAAUGUACCACCAUGAGCAUUAUCACGUACAAGCUCCUAAUAAAGAAGAUAUCUUGAAAAUUUCAGAGGAUGAACGCAUGGAGCUCAGUAAGAGCUUUCGGGUAUACUGUAUCAUCCUUGUAAAACACAAAGAUGUGAGUCUUUGGACUGCAGUGAAGGAAACUUGGACCAAACACUGCGACAAAGCAGAGUUCUUCAGUUCUGAAAACUUUAAAGUGUUUAAGUCAAUUAACAUGAAAACAAAAGAUAUGUGGUUAAUGAUGAGAAAAGCUUACAAAUAUGCCUUUGAUAAAUAUAGAAACCGAUACAACUGGUUCUUUAUUGCACGCCCCACGACGUUUGCUAUUAUUGAAAACUUAAAGUACUUUUUGUUAAAGAAGGAUCCAUUACAACCUUUCUAUCUAGGCCACACUGUAACAUCUGGAGACCUUGAAUAUGUGAGUGUGGAAGGAGGAAUUGUCUUAAGUAUGGAAUCAGUGAAAAGACUUAACCACCUUCUCAGUAGCCCUGAAAAGUGUCCUGACCAGGGAGGGAUGAUUUGGAAGAUAUCUGAAGAUAAGCAGCUAGCAGUACGCCUGAAAUAUGCUGGAGUGUUUGCAGAAAAUGCAGAAGAUUCUAAAGGAAAAGAUGUACUUAAUACCAAAUCUGGUGGGCUUUCUAUUAAAGAGGCAAUGACUAAUCACCCCAACCUGGUAGUAGAAGGAUGUUGUUCAGAUAUGGCUGUUACUUUUAAUGGACUGACUCCUAAUCAGAUGCAUGUGAUGAUGUAUGGGGUAUAA